AUGUCAAAACAAGACAGAGAGGACAAUGAGCGCGGUGCCUGUGCGAAUAAGCGGGAGUUAACCAAACGACUUCCCGUCUUGAAUCUAUCGGGUGCCUUAGACAAAUCUGCGAACAAUAUUAUGAAUGUUUCUCGCAUCAAUGCUCUGAGAAACUCUAUAAAUUCGCAUAAUGAUACAGUUGCGAAAAUACUGUUACCCAGCAAAGAGACUGCUGAGAAGAAACUACAGAUCGAGUCCGCGUUUCGAGUGAGGCCUGAGAGGUCGAGGGUACGUGUUGCUCGGGGUCCGGAUCUUGAGAUCCAGAAGACCACGGAUUUUUUAAUUCUCCCAUGCGACAACAAUAGGGAGAAGUAUGGCACGUCAAGAGACACUAAGGAAGCACUUGUAAGGGCAGUUAGGCCAUCUGAUUUCGAUCUCAGAGUCAAAAGGAUCACGCUAGCUCGCAAUAACGGGUUGCGUAUCGAGGCCCACUCGGUUGAUCUGACAAAAAUGAAGGACUCAUCGGAACUUGUCAAGGCAGGAUUGAAAAUCGAACAGGAGAUCAAGCUCAACCCGAGAUUAAUUAUCAAUGGAGUUCCCCAAGGGUUAUUUGCGGGUGAGGUUGAGUCGGAAAUCGUGGCUCUGAAUCUGAAGGAGCAAGACAAGUCGAAGAUGCACCUUCAGGUUGUCUACAUAUUUCCUCCUAAAAGCAACCGCACGACCACUAACUGCAUUGUCGAGGUAACGCCGGAUAUUCGGAGCCUGUUGUUAAGAGAGGAGCAUGUGUACAUCAAUUAUUCGGCGUGCAGUUUCUCAGACCAUGUAAGAGUGCUACAGUGUUUUAAAUGCCUAGCCUUUGGUCAUUACGCCAAGGAUUGCAAGUCUACAGCACUCUGUGGGCACUGUGCCGGUAACCAUGAGCUAAAAGACUGUGUAAAAAGAAUAGAGAUGGCUGCAUGUGGAAAUUGCAAAAAGUGGUCUUCAAGUGAAGGACAUUCUCACUCUGCAUUGGAUGGCAAUAGAUGUCCGAUCCUACGACGCAGACUCAUGGACAAAAUCAAGCAUGUAAAUUAUGGAUAG